AGAAGCUAUUCUUGGGUUUAUUCAAAGUUUUACUCAAACUAUUAUUCGUAAAGAUGACUGAGACAUCUGUAUCUCCAGCUCCAGUUGAAGAGAAAGCUCCGGCAAAGGUCGACUCGCCUAAAAAAGCUGCUGCCAAGAAACCAGCAACGAAGGCAACUCAUCCAAGUGCUGCAGACAUGGUCAUUGCUGCCAUCAAAUCUCUUGGUGAACGUGGGGGAUCAUCUCUUCAGGCCAUCAAGAAGUAUAUCGCUGCAACCUACAAGGUUGACGUUGAAAGGCAAGCACCGUUCAUCAAGAAGUUCCUCAAGGCCGCCGUCAUCAAGGGAACUCUGGUUCAAACCAAAGGAAAAGGCGCUUCUGGAUCAUUCAAACUUCCAGUUGAAAAAGCUGCACCUAAACCUAAAGCUGCCGCGAAGAAACCCGCUGCUGCAAAGAAACCUGCAGCUGCCAAAAAACCAGCAGCCAAGAAAGCAACCGGUGAAGCCAAAGCUGUCAAGAAGCCUGCAUCGCCCAAAAAAGCACCAGCUAAAAAAUCUGAGCCCAAGAAACCAGCCGCCAAAGCACCAGCCAAAACUAAAGCUGCUGCUUCUCCAAAAGCCAAGAAAGCUGCCAAGGCUCCAACAGCUAAACCUAAGUCACCUAAGCCCAAGAAAGUUGCAGCUCUAAAAGCACCUAAACCUGCAGCUAGGAAAGCACCUGCAGUCAGAAAUUAAAUACUCAAUCCACUUAUAUAAACAUUUAAAAACAAACGGCCCUUUUCAGGGCCAACCAAAUUUUUCAAAACGUAAAGAACUCUUUGGGAUUUCAAAAUAGUUCAAGAUAUUGAUCACCCACGAUCUUCCUCUGUUGACCCUUAAUAAUUACAAUUCCUAAAUAAUCUUCCGACCAUUACGUGGGUGUCCAUGUAAAUUUUGAUAAUUUUACUCGUCUCCUUAGACAAGUUACCAAUUUUUCUAAUUACUUCGAUUCAGACUUUUAGUUUUUUAUUAUUUAUACUUUUAGGUCUGUUACAAUUCAAUUCCUUGCCAUAAAUUUCCACCUCGAUCGCUUCAUACUUCCACCGAAAUUAUUUAUACUAAUUAUAUUCAAAACGGUAAAUAAUUGUUAAAGAAAAAUGAAUCUGCUUCAGUAAUUUAAAAUUAAUAAAUUAAAAACCAGUAAUUAGUAGAAUGUAGAUUUGGAAUAUAAGAUAGAAGUUUCAUUUGUGGCCACUGCUUCAUUAUUGGAGAUAUAAUACUUUAUUAAAAAAAUUUAUAUAUUGUUGCGUAUUUUCCAAAUUAUUUUAUUCAAAAUUUCUAAGUGGUUAAAACUGCCUCUAAAGUGGCCAGAAACGAUACUUUUCCUCACAAGCGGAAAAACCACCGGCUGAGAGCUUCUUCCUAGUAACGUCAGAGAGAUUGACCAAUGCGAAAAUUGGUAGAAGUCGCAGAUAAUUUUUCAGCCAAUGAGAAAAUUCCAGUAGCAACUGAAAUCUUCAGCCAAUGAAUGCGUUUCAUGUCGCAGCUCUUUUAAGUAAUUUUGGAACUAAUCAAUUUGAAUUAUGGAUUUUAUUAUUGGCUGAAAUUUCGCG